CUGGCGCGCAGGCGCCCGGGAGGCCGCGUUGUGGCGGGAGGCGGCGCUGGGCCCGCGGCACCCGAGGCGGGAGAUUCCCAAGCGGCGAGAGCGGUACGGAGGGGGCGCGGGGGACGCCGGGUUCCCUGCUCUCCUUCUCUCGGGCCCCAUUCUCCCCUGCAGAAGCGGGAGCGCCCUCCCCGGGCGGGAUUUGUCACUUUGGGAUCCAUGGCUUUCUUCCCUAGGCUCGGGUCCUUCGCCUGCGUAAGCAGAGCCCGGAGCCAGCGCUGUUUCAGCACCACCGGGAGCCUCAGCGCAAUUCAGAAGAUGACACGCGUCCGUGUGGUGGACAACAGCGCCCUGGGGAACACCCCCUACCAUCGCCCUCCUCGCUGCAUCCACGUCUACAACAAGAGUGGGGUGGGCAAGGUGGGCGACCAGAUCCUCUUGGCCAUCAAGGGACAGAAGAAGAAGGCGCUCAUCGUGGGGCAUCGCAUGCCUGGCCCCCAGAUGAGCCCCAGGUUCGACUCCAACAAUGUGGUACUCAUUGAGGACAAUGGGAACCCUGUGGGGACCCGAAUUAAAACACCCAUUCCCACCAGCCUACGCAAGAGGGAGGGCGAGUACUCCAAGGUGUUGGCUAUCGCCCAGAACUUUGUGUAAGCAGAGCCCAGGCCUCUGGCUGCAGGGGCUCACGAGGGAGCGGGGCAGUUCUGGGAGCCUUGGCUGGGCUGAGAGGGCGCCUGGGGCCACGCGGCUGUUCCCCUCAAGCAGGGUAGCUGUCCUUCUAGCGAAUAAACAUUUUGUGUCUGUUUUCUUA